AAACUCUACCGUCUGAGUCCCAAUGAGUAUUUUUCCUUGGAAAUGGAGGGUGACGGCGCGCAGGGUUUGACCGCUGAACUGGUAUUACAGAAAGAUUUGGAUCGAGAGAAACGGCCAGUUAUCAAUCUCGUUCUGACUGCCAUAGACGGAGGUAAACCCCCUAAAUCCGGUAGCAUAGACAUCGUAAUAAAUGUAUUUGAUGUGAAUGAUAACAAUCCAGUUUUCAGUAAAACUCUUUAUAAAGUUCAGAUGACUGAAAAUGCCCCCUUUGGAACGAGGCUAAUAACUGUGAGUGCCACAGACGCCGACGACGGUGUGAACAGCGAAAUAGAGUACUCCUUAAUUGGAAACAAAAACUCAAAAGUUCUCGAGAAAUUUAACAUAACUCCCAACACCGGGGAGAUCUACACACAGGGUCAAAUAGAUUACGAGGAAACGCCUGCUAUUGAAUUGCGAGUCCAAGCAAAAGACAAAGGUUCUCCACCGCGUAAUGCGCAAAGCAAAGUUUUAAUUGAAGUUAUGGAUAUAAAUGACAACGCACCAGAGAUUACGGUGACACCUUUACUUCAAAUGGUGAAAGAAGACACGGCGGUGGGAAAGGCUGUUGCUCUCAUCACAGUGUCUGAUCAAGAUGGUGGGAAAAAUGGAGAGAUUAAGUGCACAAUUAAGGAUAAGAUCCCUUUCAAACUCGAGUCAAACUAUGAAAAUCAUUAUUCCCUAGUGGUGAAUGGGCCUCUGGACAGGGAGAAGUAUUCUCACUACAACGUCACUGUAACAGCCACAGAUGGUGGCAUUCCACCCCUGUCCACCACUACUGAUUACACCAUACACCUCUCUGAUGUUAAUGACAACGCCCCACGGUUUCCUGAGCCUGUGAUACAGGUCUACCUCAAAGAAAACACCCCUGCAGGCACUCUUAUAGGAACAGUCAGUGCGUCUGACCCAGAUGUCGGUGAAAAUGCCCAGGUGUCCUACUCUUUAAUUGACAACAAAAGAAAUGGUGUUCCUUUGUCGACGUUGGUUAAUGUUAAUUCUCUGAAUGGGGAAAUGUACAGCAUGCAGACCCUAAACUAUGAGGAGGUGAAACAGUUUGACUUUCAUGUCCAAGCCUCAGACUCUGGUGUUCCCUCAUUAAGCAGUAAUGUAACUGUGCAUGUCCUCAUCCUGGAUGAAAACGACAACAGUCCUGUCAUCCUCCCACCCUACUCUGACCAAGGCUCAGUUAACUCUGAGACCAUCCCCUACUCUGCUGAAGCGGGCUACUUUGUGGCCAAGAUCAGGGCUGUAGACGCAGACUCUGGUUACAAUGCACUGCUGUCUUACCACCUUAGCGAGCCCAAAGGCACCAACCUCUUCAAAAUCGGAACCAGCUCUGGAGAAAUACGAACCAAGAGGCGAAUGAGUGACAAUGACUUGAAAGCACAUCCGCUCAUCAUAACCGUGACAGACAAUGGUGAGCCAUCUCUCUCUGCAACUAUGUCAAUUGAAGUAGUGGUGGAAGAAAGGACAGGGGAGAAGGUGACAAAUUUCAAGCAAGUUCCACUCAUCGAGGACACAUUUUCGGAUCUAAACCUCUAUCUGCUGAUUGCUAUUAUAUCAGUGACUGUAAUCUUCCUAGUGAGCCUCAUCACGUUGAUAGCGGUGAAGUGCCAGAGGACUGAGGGUAUUUUCAGCAGCUGCAGCGCCCCCAUGGUCACUACUCACCCGGACGGGAGUUGGGCUUACUCUAAAACUACUCAGCAGUAUGACGUGUGCUUUAGCUCAGACACCCUGAAGAGUGACGUGGUGGUGUUCCCCUCACCGUUUCCGCCUGCGGACGCGGAGCUCAUCAGCAUUGAUGGAGGAGACACUUUCAGCCUCAAGACCCAAACUCUCCCCAGCACGACAAAGGUAGGGCAUAGUUAG